GGCAGCACAAACCGUCCAAACACCAGCUGGCCUCAACACCCUCGUUACGAAGCAAAAUCUACCACAUCUACAGUCAGGACUGAGCGGUCACAACGUAGGAACUACUUACUUAGAACCCCAAACCCCGCGACGCACAACCAGACCCCGCAUUCACUUCGCUCCUCUACCGGCCGAACUGCAAUGCUGCGCGGGCAAAGCCCAAUAAGAUAUGUCGCCCAGACCAACCAUACAAAUAUAGCCAACAUAACUCGUCAAAACAAAACUAGGCCUUCACCUCCACGACAUGAAACGAAAUUUCCUACAGCGACAACCGGUAUUGAGCAGCCGCAACGCAAGAAUUGCUUACUCAGAACACCAAGCCUCGCCGUGCGUCUCCAGACCCCGCGCAAAACCCAACACACCGUUGACCAAGCAGCAAAAUCACCGGGACGAUACCCACAUGGGCGCAACGAACCGAUGAACUCUGCACAUGCCCCGAUCCCCCAUCCACCCAUCCCAUCACGCCAGUCAACACUCCUUCAACAACACACCAUAAUGCCACAAAUCAUGACGACACCUUCCGCGGUCCCAUUUUUGUGGGACGCCGCAAGUUGCGGGCCUCCUCUCCUAGCUCGCGAGGGUCAUGCGGUGGCUCUCUAUCACCUGACCCGAUUCCUAGACAUGGCACAACUGAUUCCAACCAACAUAUCUCAGGCAUUCAGACGGUUCCUCUAAACGCCAACCUCAUGACCGACUCCGGGCUAGAUUUCUCGGCUCGUAUGCAUCAGCAGUUACCUCCACAUCCUUCCCCCCUCGGAUUCGAUGCUCCAUGCUACUCCCAACCUCUCCCAUUAGUUUCCACCGACCUACCCGGCAUGCACCUCCACGCAUGCAUGCAAACAAGCCCCUCACCUCAUUCUGGAUCGCCUGUGAUGCUGCUAGACGGUUCACUCAAUUUCAGCAAUCCAACCUAUAAAUAUACACCAAGAGAUGCCCCAACACUCCCCACUACAUACCACUUCGACGAAUCUAGUAAGCUGGGGACCCACAAUAUGCUCC